AUGGCUUCUAAUGUGAGAGAUAAACCUAUAAUCCAACUAGGCAUGAUGUAUGGUCAGUUAGUCAUGGGUUUGUUAUUUAAGAGAAGGGAAGAAUCUGCUAAGUGGAAUGAAAAUGGUUUGGUCCUUGCUGCUGUUAAAUUGAUAAAUAAGAUGCUUGACUUGGUUGGAAAGUUUGAUACAGAAGGCAGUGUGGUUGGACAAGUUUAUUUGGUAACUAAUGAGAUCACCAAGAAAAUAUUCACAGUGAAUAUUAUAGACAAACAAUGCACUUGUUUGCAAUGUCAGCUAAGGGGAUUCCCUUGUCAACAUGUUGUAUGUGCAUUGAAACUGCUGAGGCCAAACUGGAAAGAUUAUUGUGCUCCUUACUAUUCUGUGGAGUAUUAUAGGACCACAUAUGCAAAUGAUGUCACACCCUUAGAAGACAUAACUGGAUGGUUAUGGGAAGAUAAGGAAACCAUGAACGUCAACGUAAACCCUCCUCCUUAUCAGAGAAAAACUGGAAGACCAGCAAAGAAGAGGAAGAGAAGUUAUGAUGAACCUGAAACUGUGGUGAAGAAAAGGAAGUGUGGAAAAUGUGGAUCUAUUGCUGGCCACAACAAGAGAACCUGUGCUGGUGGUGAUGUUGGUAAAAACCAAACUGGAUUCAAACCAAGCACUGAGUAUGAUGCUGCAAACUGCACCUUCACACAGAGAGAUCAGCCUGAAAGUAGCACUGCAAGGGGUAAAGCCAAGGUGAACAGAUCCAGAGGUACAUCAUUUUUUGUUGGUGAGUCAUCUGCAGGACCUAGCACUCAAGUAAGACCAGUAGCAGGACCUAACACUCAUGGAUCUACACAAGAUAAUCAAAAUUUCAGUCAGAAUUUUGCUGGUAUUGGAUCUGUCAGUCAACAUCUUUCUGUCACAAAGGGAAAGCAAACCAAGGCUAAGAAGACUAGGAAGUAG